AGUCGGAUGGAUUUCGGUGUGGCACAAGACUGUCUAACAAACAUCCGGUGUUAUGUAGAAACAGUGACAAAGGCCGAUCACAGAUUAAAUAGCGUUAACUUCGCCUCGCGGAGCUCGCGCGCGCUCAUGGCCUGGUUUGGAUGGCUUAUCUAGGACGUCGGCUGGGACAGUCACGCGGGUUUUCUCCUCUCGUGUCCUCCGUCAGACUCCUCGGCAUGGACGGCAUGGGUUCCGCCGCCAGCCAGUCUCCGUUGGAGCGACUCAACUUUGAAAACGUCGUCCUGAAGAAGCUUCCGGUGGAUCCGUCCGAGGAGUCCGGCGUCCGGCAGGUCAGAGGAGCCUGUUUCUCCCGGGUGAAGCCUCAGCCGCUGACCAACCCGCGCUUCGUGGCGGUCUCAGGGGAAGCCCUCUCGUUGCUGGGGCUCCGCGGACGGGAGGUCCUGAGCGACCCCCUCGGUCCGGAUUACCUGAGCGGGUCUCGGGUCAUGCCCGGAUCCGAACCCGCGGCUCACUGCUACUGCGGCCACCAGUUCGGGCAGUUCGCCGGGCAGCUGGGAGACGGAGCGGCAUGUUACCUGGGAGAGGUGAGGGCGCCUCCGGGCCAAGAUCCCGAGAUGCUCCGCGAAAACCCGAGCGGGCGCUGGGAGAUCCAGGUGAAGGGGGCGGGACUGACCCCCUACUCCAGACAGGCGGACGGCAGGAAGGUGUUGCGCUCCAGCAUCAGAGAGUUCCUGUGCAGCGAGGCCAUGUUCUUCCUGGGUGUUCCCACCACCAGAGCCGGAUCCGUGGUGACCUCCGACAGCAGGGUGGUCCGGGACGUGUUCUACAGCGGGCGCCCCCGCCACGAGCGAUGCUCGGUGGUCCUCCGCAUCGCGCCUACCUUCCUCAGGUUUGGCUCUUUUGAGAUCUUCAAGCCCGCUGACGAGUUCACGGGCCGGCAGGGUCCCAGCUACGGCCACGAGGAGAUCCGAGGUCAGAUGAUGGAUUAUGUCAUCGGGACGUUCUACCCCGAGAUCCAGCAGAACCACGGCGACCGCGUGGAGCGGAACGUGGCUUUCUUCAGAGAGGUGAUGCGCCGCACGGCCCGGCUGGUGGCCCAGUGGCAGUGCGUGGGCUUCUGCCACGGCGUCCUGAACACGGACAACAUGAGCAUCCUGGGACUCACGCUGGACUACGGCCCCUUCGGCUUCAUGGACAGGUUCGAUCCAAAUUUCAUUUGCAACGCGUCCGACAGCUCCGGGCGGUACUCCUACCAGGCGCAGCCGGCCAUCUGCAGGUGGAACCUGGUGAAGCUGGCAGAGGCCCUCGCUCCAGAGGUACCUCCUGACCGGGCCGAAGCCGUCAUGGACGAGUACCUGGACGCCUUUAACAGCUUCUACCUGGCAAACAUGAGGAAGAAGCUGGGCCUGCUGAAGAAAGAGGAGCCUGAGGACGCCAUGCUGAUCACAGAGCUGCUGCAGGCGAUGCACAACACAGGCGCAGACUUCACCAACACCUUCCGCAGCUUAAGUCGGAUCUCGUGUCCCGCUGAGGGUGAAGAUGAGGAGGAGGCUGUCAGAAGAGCCACGGACCUCCUUCUAGAGCAGUGCUCCUCCUUGGAGGAGCUCAAAGCUGCCAACAAACCCACUAUGGAUCCACGCGAGCUGGCGAUGCUGCUCUCCAUGGCUCAGAGCAACCCGGCGCUCUUCCAGAUGAUCUCUGACAGGGCGACCAUCGCGCGGCAGCUGGAGAAACUCGGCAGGCUGAAGGAGCUGAUGGAGACCAGCCAGGAGCAGCUGAGGAGCCAGCAGGCGGAGGAGUGGACCUCCUGGAUCCGACUCUACAGGAAACGUCUGGCUCUGGAGCUGGAGGGUCAGAGCGAUGAGCAGGCAGUCCAGGAGGAGAGAGCGAGGGUGAUGGACGGCACCAACCCCCGCGUGGUGCUCAGGAACUACAUUGCCCAGAAUGCAAUAGAGGCUGCAGAAAAAGGAGAUUUCUCUGAGGUCCAAAGGGUCCUCAGGGUUCUGGAGAAACCGUUCUCCUCUCAGCCGGGUCUGGAGCUGCCUGCGUGGGUGCACGGAGGUGGGGCCGCCGCUCAGGCAGAAAGGGAUGAAGAGGAGCAGCAAGAGGAGCCUUCCUCAAUGGGAAGAAACCCUGUUCCCUACGACAGCAAGCCCCCAUCCUGGGCGCAGGAAAUCUGCGUCACAUGAUCUUCAUAACCCCUUCCUCGUUGGCUGCUUUGCCUAAAGGAACAGGGGGGUUGGACGCCGUGACAACGGCCGACAAACCGUCCGCGUGACUUUUUCAGGCAGCAGCGAGGAAGCCCCGCUGCAAGAGGAACACUUCAGAGCAGCAAGGUGACGCAAACGGAACAGGAAGUGAGGAGCUUGGGGUUUCACCUUCAAACAGGAAGUAGGGUUUAACGUUAAAUGGCUCAGCGCUCCAAGUGUUGGGGGUGGAGCUCUUUUAUUUGAGAAGUUCCUCCAAGCUCCGCCUCUUGUCUCGGUUCUGUCACCUCGGCUGUUAAUGAGGAGUCAAGCAGAAAGUCCGGCUGUGACCCGUUUGACUCUGAAGCUCUGGGGGGGGUCACCUCAGCAGCACUAUACCAGGUUGGGAGGGGGGGGGGGGGGUUGCUACAUCAUUGCUAACCUAAACACGCACAAUAAUGUAUUCAGAGAAUUCACCGUAUUGACUGUUAACGCAAAGCUGAGACCAUCUGCAGUUUGUUCACAUGAGGCAUUGGACGUCGUAGACGACCGCUGCACCACAGCCUGUCCUCAUGUUAAAUAUAUUAUUCACGAAUAGAUUAUGAUCUGGUGACCAGAGGUCAGUUUGAAAAACACAACCAGACCAAAGUGCUUUCAGAUCAUUCAGGCUUAUGGGUUUCUGACAGAAACUUUUCUUGGUUUAUUUUAAUAAAGAUUUUUAAAAACAGGAA